AUGAACAAACUCUUCAGCAGCUACAGUUCGGUGGACCUCACUGACACAGACAGCAACGCAAAGCUAAUCAACGACCUUUCUGUCUCCAUAGACAACUUGAAGCUGCUCCAGCACACCCAGCUAAGUGCCAGUACUGGUGUUGAUGGUGAUGAUGGUGGUAACAUAGCUGAAGAUAAUACAGCAGCUUCUCCAUUUGUUUCCAAUAACGAGAACUUCAAUUCCCUACAGGACAUUUUCCUCAACAAACUCUUGUUUAUCAACAACCUAAUCAACGAAACUGAAUCAAUUAUAUCCCAGAACUCUCUUGAAUUGGAUUCCAUUUUCUACAAUCUAAUCAAACUAAUCAACAAAAUUGAAGACUUCAAAACAACUAUCGUUCAAAACGACAUCCUCCUAUCCUCAACGUCCAACAAUCUCACCGACAACACUUUCCACACAAUUGAUAACACUGCUGAAAAUAAAGAAAGCAAUAAUGAAAAUAACAGCUCACUAAACGUAUCCAACCUAUCAAAUUUACCUUUAAAAAACAUUUCCUCUUCUUCUUUAAAUGACCUAAAUAUCCCAGGCAGUUUUUUGACUGCUUUCCCUGCAAAUACAACUAAAACAAUCAAAAAGGUACUAUCUUCAUCUUCUUUACUAAUUGCAAACUCAAAUUCAAAUUCAAAUAAAGACACUGAAGAGAUCAAUAACCAACUAAUCUCUACUCUAUCUCAAAAACUAGAAAGUUUCAAAUUUUGGAAUGUUUUAUUGUCAAAUCUAUCCUCUUUAAUCCACACUUCCCUAUCGAAUUUUAAAUCUCUAUUUAACAAAUUCAUCUCUCUAAAUUUCAACCAUCUUUCAAUAUCUAUAAACCAAACUAUUUUUGACAACAACAAUAUUCUAAAUAUCAAUGACUAUCUCUCCAUCUUAUCCCAAAACUCAUCAAACAUUUCAUCUCUAAUUCAUUUUAUUUCUCAAAAUCAUAUCCAACAGAAUCUCCCCCAAAAUGAUCUCUCCUUUCUUCAAUUCUUUUCUCAAAAUUUCUUAAAUCUAAACAACCUAAUCCUAUCCAAAAUAUUCCAAAACACUCACCUUCUAAUUUUCAAUAAAUCUCCAAAUAACUCAAAAUUCUCAAUCAAUCUAAUCAAAAUCCAUCACAACCACACAAAAAAGAAAAAAAAAUCCACCAAUAACAGCUCCAUUGACUCAAUUUUUAACUCACAGAUCUAUUCUCUAAUAAAUUACUCCCUCUUUUUCAACUCCCUUCCAAUCUACUUCAAAGACCAACUCAUCAAAAAAAAUUCUCUCUUACUAAACAACUUCUUUCAAAAAAUCAUCAACUUAAAUCUUUACAACAAACUAUCUCUCUUCUACAAAAUAUCCUCAACUGACAACUACAACAACUACAAAAAUACCCUCAAAUCUCUCUCUCUAUCCUCCUUUGACAUCAACAAAGAAAACAAAAUCAAACUAGACUUAAUCGUCCUAUUGAAACUAAUUUACCUCUUAUCUUUCUUAAACAUUAUAAAUAAAAAUAACUACCAUUUUCUAAACUUCUACUACUUAAAUCUUAAAAACAACAUUCUAAAUAUUAAUUCUUCACACAACCCCUCUCACAAUUCCUCUCGUAACUCCAUCUCUCCUCGUAACUCAAUCAACAACUCAAUCAUACAACUAUCUCCAUCAAAAACAUCAAAAAAGGACUUGUUAAACAUCAACAAAUUCAUUCUAAAUCUAAUCGAAUUGUUCAAAAAAAAUUGUAAUCUACCUGAUUCCUUUUUUCAUCCAAAUCCUCCUUCCUCUUCCUCUUCCUCUUCCUCUCCAAUUACCGAUUCUUUUGAUGAUAAUUCAAUUUCAAAUCCUCCUUCUUUUGAAGCAGAAAUCGAAAUCGAAAUCCAAAGUAAAAACAUUAAAAACACAGAAUCUGAAGAACUAUUAAUCAUAGGCUCUCAUGACUUGAAACUAUGGCAAGAUAAUAUGGAAAACUUGAAAAAUUUCUUCUUGAUAGAUAAAAUUUUAUCCAAAAAACUCAAUCAAAUCAAAAAUUAUGCUACUGAUUUUAAUCACUCCAAAAUAUAUUACGUUUUCAAUGAAAAAAAUCUAAUUCUAAGAUCUCAAGAAAAAAAAUCAACAAAUAAACUCUCAAACCACAAUAAAUUUCAAUCUUUUAAUGAAAACACUUUAAACGCCCUAAUAAGUGGUGCUUCAACUUCAACAAUCAAUUUAACUGAAAAUACUAAUUCAAAUUCAAAUUCAAGUUCAAAUUCAAAGUCAAAUAGCACACAACCAAAAUCACGCCAAACUCAAAACUCUUUACUAGCUGAUGUAAUCCCAGAAGAAGGUUUCCUAAAUAAUGACCAGGUUUGCUUAACAAGAAGAUUAACCCAAAGAUUCUCAAAAAAUCCAAAUACUAAAUUCUCUGCCCGAAUGUCAAAGAAUAUUUCCAAACAACUAUCAAAAAGAUUUUCAGUUCAAAAUAAUGAAAAUGAAUGGAAAUGGGAAGAUAAUUUCGAUAAUUGGAUUGAAGAUCAAGAUUUAGACAUAAAUGUUGAUAAUGAUGAUGAUCCUUGGGGAAGUGAAAUAGAUUUAAAUUUAGAUCUUGAUGAAAACUCAGAAAAUCACUCAAAAAAUUCUAAAAGCUCGAAAAAUUCUAUUAUUAAUAAAAGGAGUCAACCUUCUUUAACUCAUAAAAGGAGUGAAGGCCUAUUAAAUGAUGAUAAUAUAUCUUUAAGUUCAGCUGAAAUUAAUGAUUGGGGUUGGGGUGAUGAAGAUUUAGAUGAUAACUUGUCUAUUAAUUUUGAUGAUAGUGAAUCAUCAACAAAAAUUAAACCCGAUAGUAAAUCAGAUGUUAUAAAAUCUAAAAAGUCUUUUAAUACUAUUAAAAAACCUGAUGUUAAGAAUGAAAAUGAAAGUUUACAAUCUGAUAGUUUAGAUAAUUUUGAAAACUAUGAUGAAGAUAGUUAUAAAACAACUUUAAUUCCAGAUGAAAUUAUUAAAAUCAUUAACUCCUUCAUUAAUUAUUUUCAAAAUUAUAGGAUUAUUAAUAACUAUAAUCGAAACUUAAUUAUUAAUAAAACAAAUGAGCUAUUACAACUUUUUUAUGUCAUCUUUGUUUCAAAAUAUGAAGACGAAAUUUUUUUUUACAAUGAUUGUUAUUAUUUAAAUAAUUCAAUUAAAAAAUCCAAUAAUUUUAAUAUCGAUCCAGACUCAUACCAAUCAUAUUCAAAUAGGUCUUCAUAUUCUUCAGAGGGAAGCAUAACAUCAGGGGCUUUUGACGAUACAAUCGAGUAUUUAUUGCAAGGAAUUAAAUUAAAACAAGAAAGAUCGUUAUUUAAAAUAUUUAAUAAAUUUAAUUCUUUUGAUAGUUUGAAUGAUUCAAAUCUUACUGACUUAAUUUUGAAUCAAUUGGAAUUUAAAUUUCAAGAAAUAUUUAAUGAUUUCAAAAGUUUUUCAAAAAGACUAAGAGAUGUUUUAUUGAAAGAAUUGUUUGAUUUAUUUUAUUCAAAAAUUAUCAAUUGUAUUUUAAAGCGAAACACAAUUACUGAAGUUGAAUGUGAAGAACUAAAUAGAAUCAUUACUGUUUGUUUAAGCUACAUUGAGAAUUACAAAAACUUUUAUAAUUUUGGUAAUAAAAAUAUAGUUAUACUUGAGAGCUUUAAGAAAACAGUUGGAAAUCAUCACAGAUUGGAAAAUUUUAAGCUAAUAAUCUCCAGUCAUUUGGACGUUAUAAUGGAAAAUUUCUACAAUGGGGAGUUUUAUGAUCUUAAAACAUUUGAACUUGUGCAUUUAAUCCUGGCAGCUUUUAGUAAUAGUGAAAUCAGAAAACAUGCAAUUUCUGAGAUUGAGGACAUCAGAAGUUCGUGA